AUGGCUGCCACAAGACCAGCGCCCAUCGCGCUCACCGACAACGUCCUCAGACCCGACAAGGGCGGUUCCGCUGGAAAGGCCAUCAAAGUCCGCACAAACUUCUUUGCCAUCAAGAAGCUCCAGGUCGACACCAUUUACCACUACGAUGUGACCAUCUCUCCCGAGAUCCCUGCGGACAAAGCCCGUCAGCUGUGGAAGGUGAUCGAGUCAACCUUCCCCGAGUUGGCAAAGAACAAGACCGUGUUCGAUGGCAGAUGCAACGCGUACGCCGCUCAGGAAAUGACCGUCGAUAAGCUCACCCGCAAGGUUGAGCUGCCCGAUGGUGGCCGUCCUCCCGCCCCUGCUGCUGCUCCUGCUGCUGCCCCUGCCAAGCAAGGCGGACAAGGUGGUGCCAAGGGUGGAAAGGGCGGAAAAGGCGGAAAGGGUGGCGCCAAGGGCGGUGCUGCCCCAGCUUCUGCCCCUGCCCCUGCCCCUGCCCCUGCUCCCCAGCCUGGCGGUCCCCCAGCCAAGAACAGGAACGAGUUCACGGUCAAGAUCACCAAGGCCGCCGUCAUCGACCUCGAAGAGCUCCACCGUUUCCUUCGCCGCGAGGGUCCCAUAACCCCAGGCUGUCUCACAGCCAUCCAAGCCUUGAACAUUGUCAUGUCGCACAAACUGUUCUCCGAGAUGGUCAGCGUCGGUCGAUCAGCCUUUACCCCUAACAACGCCCAGAAUCUUGGCGGCGGUAUUGAAAAGUGGGACGGAAUCUUUCAGUCUGUCCGUCCCGGUCAAGGAAAGCUCUAUGCCAACAUCGACGUGGCCAACACCGCGUUCAUCAAGGGAGGAAACGCUGCCGAGUUGGUCGCCGAGAUCAAGAAUGUUCGUAGCAUUGACGAUUUCCGUGGUGCCCGCAAGCUCCAGAAGCGCGACAUCCAGGAACUGACCAAGCACUUCAAGGGUUGCUCCUUCACCGUCAACCACCGUGGCGGAGACUUCAAGAAGAAGUUCAAGGUCUCGGAGAUCAGCCUGCAGGGUGCUGAGGGCAUCACCUUCACCCAGGAGCUGAACAACGGCACAACCAAGAAGGUCACCAUCCCCCAGUACUAUGCCGCCGCCUACAACCUUAAACUUCGUUUCCCGUUCUUACCCUGCUUUGGAGUCAAGGGUCGCGACAAGCAGACCAUGUACUUUCCUCUUGAAGUCUGCAACAUUGUUUCUGGAAGACGCUACACCAGACGUCUAAACGAACUCCAAACUGCAGAGAUGAUCAAGGGAACUUGCAUCGCCCCUGACCAGCGUGCCGCCAAGAUCCAGGCCAGCUUCCCCGUCCUCGAUUUCGAGCACAACGAGUACCUCAAGGGCUUCCAGAUGGAAAUCUCCAAGGAGAUGCAGGUCGUCCCCGCACGUGUCCUGCCUCCUCCUCAGGUCGAGUACAGGAACAAUGUCACUUUGACCCCGCAGUUUGGAGGAUGGCAGCUGAACCCUUCCCGCAAGAUGGUUCAAGGUGCUACUCUCUCGUCUUGGGGAGUUCUCAUCUUUGAGAACGAGCACCGCCUUCGCAGGCCUGAGGUCGACAAUUUCAUCCGCGAGCUGACCGGGACUCUGUCUGAGAACGGUAUGAUAGUACCCAUGAGAACGCCUCCAGUCAUGUACGCGCAGCCAGGAAACGUCGAGCGCAAUGUGGAGUCUAUGUGGACCACCAUUGGCCAAGCUUGCAAUGCUCCUCCCCAGAUGAUUUUGGUCGUUUUGCCUUCGGUGUGCCAAACGUACUCGGUCAUCAAGACCUACUGCGAGACCACACAUAAAACUGGUGUCAUGACCCAAUGUGUUCUCUCCAAGAAGGUAUCUCGCCCCAGCAAGCAAUACUGUGGCAUGCUUGGAUUGAAGAUCAACUCCAAGCUCGGAGGCAUCAACAGUACGCUGUCCAAGGCGUCGAUUCCUUUCCUCAACCAAGCACCCACCAUGAUCAUCGGAGCUGACGUGACCCAUCCUGGUCCGGGUGAGAACCGGCCUUCAGUCGUCGCUGUGGUUGCCUCCAUGGAUCAAUUUGCCUUCAAGUACUCUGGACGAAUCAAAGUCCAGGCUAGUGGCGUUGAGGUCAUUGAUGGCCUCAAAUUUUUAGUCUACCAGUUACUUGUCGCGUUCUCGGAGAAGAACAAGACGUUCCCCAAGAGAAUCUUGUUCUACCGCGACGGAGUUUCCGAAGGCCAGUAUGCCCAAGUUAUGGAAACCGAGGUGACAGCUGUUAAGGAGGCCGUCGAACACGUCAACAGCUCUGUGAAGUUCAACCAGCCCUACAGGCCAACACUGACCUUCUGUGUUGUCAAGAAACGUCACCAUGCCCGCCUGUUCCCCAUGAGCCCCAAUGAAGCGGACCGAUCUGACUUGCAAAGCCACGGUGGAUUGCAGGGAACGUCGCGCCCGACGUUGUACCACGUUUUGAUGGACGAAAACAAGUUUACCUCGGAUUCUCUUCAAUCGUUGACCUACCGCCUAUGCCACGUCUAUGCCCGCUGCCCUAAGUCUGUCAGCAUCGUUCCCUCGGUCUACUAUGCUCACUUACUCGCCUACCGUGCUCGUCACUACCAGGGCGGCGACUUUUCUGACACUGCCAGCUCCAUCAGCGGAAGUGACGCCGGCAACGCCCCUACCUUCACCACCUCGAAUGCGCUCAAGAACUUGAUGUACUUUGUCUAA